UUCCAGAUGAAGCCGUGGUAAUUUUUAAGCGAACAACAAUAUCUCUUAUCAGCUGCUGUUCGCGAGAGAUGCAAAUACAAACGGCGAUAAGCAGAUAGUGGCGAGUCGGAGGUCGCGCAAAGUUACACGCUACCGAGAUGUUGAGAGAUUCGAAGAUAUAACUUGAAGGAGAUGCUUGCGACUUUUAUUCAGACACUGAAAAUUUUAAUUUUCAUUAUAUUUAUAUCUGGCACAAAUAUCCCCCUGCGAGGUCGUUACACCGCCGUGUUUCCGUGUCAAUCGUAAAGAUUAAGGACAGAACUUUUGGAUAUAUAUAAAGACGCAUGUGCCGAAUUAUUUUUGGUCUUCGUUUCGCAAUAUAAAACUAUAAAAUUCAAUACCGUUUUAAUUGGGAAUUAACAAACAGAUUGAACAGGGAAGGAGACCGAGGAGUAAUUCGGCGCGUACGUCAAACUUGCUUCAAACAACAAGAUUCUUGUGUGAAUCAUUGGCGGUCACGCCAAAGAAAUGCGAUUAGGCUCUUGCAGAGCGUAAGUUUAGACCUCUUUAGUUUAGAUUGAAAACAAGACGGAAGGAAAAUGCGAUACAUUGAAUUACGUUAACAACAAGUCACGCUGAAACCAAUCACGCUCGAGAAAGUCUGCAAAAACGCUUCGCUUCGCCCGCGAAACGCCCAUAUGGCGCCGAUGAAUGACGCGACGACGUUCUAUUAUGGAUAAGACGGUAUUUGCGAUCGCGUCACGGAUCUGUCCAUCUCGCGUGUGUCGAUACGGACGUGCGCCGGGAAUUUAUCCGUUUUCCGAUCGCUUUCUGUAGGUUUCGCCAGGAUCGGCGGCUGCCACGUACGCCGUCGUCGCGGCGACGGCGACGGCAACGGCGACGGCGGCGUCCGAUGCCUCCUCGGUCGGCGAAGGAAAUUGCCGCGACCCAAUACUAAUCGAUAAUGGAAUUACUGGUUACGGUCGGAGCUCCCCCUGGGGAUGAUAGUAAUUCAAUUGCUCCGAUGUGUCCUCUGGACGUUUUGACAGGACGGAUGUCCUAACAAGGACAUCGCCUCGGGAUAUCUCCGCCUGUGUUUCUCUGUGUAGCCAUCGACGUAUACGUGUCGUAUGGGGUUACGUUGCGUUGUGGAAAAACGACGGGCCGUAGUAGACGCAGCCGCGGUCGAUGGUUAAAUAUACGACGCGGAGGAGGAGGAGGAUCGUUGUUAACGUCAGAUCGCAAAUAUGAAACUGAAGACGGUCAAUCGUCGCGGGAUACGCCAGGCUCGGUCAUCGACGAUUAUACUGGAAAAUGUUGUAUCCUCGAUUAAAUUCAAAUUGCAUUUCCCAUUGAACGUAGAACGAAUAAUGCAUUUCUCAUCGGCUAUUCUCUCUAUUCUCCCUCUAACCCAUUCGUCUCCGUGAAUUAAUGGAUAAAUACUGUGUAUGCGGCGUAGGUACAAAAGUUACGAAGUUGCAAAUUAAAUUCAACUCGGAGGAAUUGCAGUUGUCGACGGACACGGUUAAAUCAUUAAGGCCGAAUUGGAUUGAUUUUCAAGGACCGAAGUUUCUCUCUCCUGCGCGUUAAAAGGAAACUACGGCAUCUCUCUGUCUCUCUCUCUCUCUCUCUCUCUCUCUCUCUCUCUCUCUCUUGAGCGCGGGCGCAGACUAUCGCCAGGAAUCGAUUUUCCGUCCGGCCUGGUGUAUCUUGCUAAGGACAUAAGAAGGAAAAUUAAUGUGGAAAACUAAUAACCUCGGAACGUUUCCCGCAGAGAUUCCCGUACGCGUCCUUCCCACUCGUAGAUGGAAAUUACAAGGACGCUCGCGCAAUAAGGGAGCCACCCAGCUUGGCGAUCGCGACAUUAUGGAUGUAUAGGCCAAUUUCGGAAACCUCGCAAAACACCACGUCCCCAGACACCGUCCAAUGCGGGGGCUGUAGGGCGUCCUACCCCCUCGGCGAGAUUGUCCGGUUCAUCGAGCACAAGGUCAACCAUUGUCGGAGCACCCUCCAGGGCUGCCACAGUCCACCGGCGACGGCUGCGCCGGAGGACUCUGACCCAGAGGACGCCCUCGCCCUGAAGACCGAUCCGGACUCGAAAUUGAACUCGGUACCCAGUAUUUCCGCACCGAUCAACAAGAGGAGCGGUCGACUGGAGAGCCCGCCGACGCCGCAAGGUCCGGGACCGGACGCCGGGAGUCCGAUCGACCUUAAAGCGAGCGCCAGCUCGACGCCAAAGAGACGGACAGAAGCUCCGGAUGAGGACAAGGAAGACCUGCCGAAGAAGCAAAAGACCGAGUCCGUAGACGCCGACACGAACACAGUCAAUUCCGAGCCAAGGUGGCUGCAGUGCUCUCAGUGCUCCCGGCGACUGUGCUCAGCGUGGGAGCUCCUUCAGCAUGUACAGAGCAUGCAUGGCGCUCGUCUCUACUGUUCCUCUUCCUCGUCGACGAACUCCUCGUCAAACACCCCGGCACCGAGUCCACCGACGCCUACGCCGACGCACGCACAUCACCUCAGCCCGCCGAAUCAUCUGAACCUGAGCGGCAAGUCCACCGGAAGCUCCUCUGCAGCGAACUCGUCGGGUGGCACCAACACCAGCGGAAGUAGCGGCAGUCGACAACAGCUACAGACCUCGGCUUCUCUGGUGGGCGAUCCUCUCCAUAGUUUCCUGAGGCUACCCCAACACCUGGAACGAAGUUUCCCACCUAUGUUCAGGCCGGACUUCCUUACCCUGAAUCCCCUGGCGGGUUACAGGGGUCUUCAAGAGCUACAGACAGCCACGCGAAACCUGCAGAAUCUGGGGGACCCACUUCGCGGCAUGGACGGCUUGAAUCUAGGAGAUCCGCUGGUGCGCAGCUCGCUGGACUCUUUGAACAACGCCCGGAACCUGGCAAAUUUGGCCGAGCUUUCGCACGGUCGCGGUCUCGCUGGUCAGGCACACCCACCACCACUCGAAGCGAACCUGGAUUUUUACUCGGCGCGCCUAAGGAGCCUCGCUAAUCCGUCCUUAGGCGCGGCUCCACCUACUAGCGGUAAUCCUACCACGAAUCCCCCUCCUCCGCCGCCGGUACCGCCGGUUCCGGUUGUCAACACUGUUCAGCAGCAACAGCAACAACAGCAGCAGCAACAGCAACAACCACCGCCGCCGCCGGCGCCGCAACAACAGCCGCAGCCACAGUCGCAACAACAACAAUCACAGUCUCAUUCUCAGUCGGUGGAACCUCCUAGCCCAGCCACGACUAAUCCUACGAAUCUAACUCACGGUAAUCAUCAGAAGGAGAACUCGCCACCAUGUUACAGCCAGAGCCCGGUGGGUCAUCAUAACAACAACAACUCGACGGACAGUGAAAAAACUAGUCCACCAGUGGCCUCUACGCCGAUCAUUACUGAUUCCUCGUCGGAAACGGUGUAUACGUGCGAGGUAUGCGACAAGAAGUUUCGAUUCCAGUCGAAUUUAAUCGUUCAUCGUCGGAGUCAUCGGGAUAAGGAGAGACAGUAUCAGCAGCAGCAGCAACAACAACAGCAGCAGCAGCAGCAACAACAGCAGCAGCAACAGCAGGAAGGCAUGCAAGACAGCCAAAGCACACCGGCAAGGUGCGAGGUGUGUGAAAUUGAAGUGGCUAGCUUCGCCGAAUUGAGGAAGCACAUGAGAAAGGAACACCAAGAUCAUUUGAAUUCAGCUGCAAGUCCACAAGGCAGCGUUGAGACCGUACCGGAUGACGGAUCCAGCUGCGACGAGAAUAUGGACCUGGAUGAAAUCGAGGAGAACGAACAGAAGAACGAACGAGAGGACGCGGAGGAAAAUACACCGGAGGACCUGAGCACCACUCAAGGGCAAAGCGGUGAGGAGAGCGGUGGUCGGGUUGAGAAACCGGCCAGUCUGGUGGGUGAUCUCAUGGAGAAGUUCGGAUUGAGCAAUAUCGCUCAGUACUCGGAAGCUUAUCGACAAGCCCUGCAAGAGAACCAUCGUAGUGGGUUUCUGAAAACUGACUCGCCGUGCAAUCUCACCAAUUCUCUGAACAACAACAAGGAGAAGGAGAGCGCGCUCUCGCCUACGAAUUUCAACUCCUCCACGACACCGAACAUCUUUUCCGGUCAGGGAUUUCCUAGGUCCUCUGGACCGGACUUUGGCGGUCUCUGGCUACCUAGUCCGCAUUAUCUAGAGAACAACGAGUUCCGUAAGGCGUCCAAGGCUACGACGUCGAGUCUGGCACUUCAGGGCCUACCGAGUCCGCUGCUGAAAAAAGAGCGAAGCGGUCGGAAUGACACCUGCGAGUACUGUGGCAAGGUCUUCAAGAACUGCUCGAACCUGACGGUGCACAGGCGAUCGCACACCGGCGAGAAGCCAUACAAAUGCGAGCUCUGCUCAUACGCGUGCGCUCAAAGCUCGAAGCUAACCAGGCACAUGAAGACUCAUGGUCGACACGGUAAGGAUACGUACAAGUGUCGCUUUUGCGAAAUGCCAUUUUCGGUGCCGAGCACGCUGGAGAAGCACAUGAGGAAGUGCGUGGUGGUGGUACAGCAGGGCCCUAAGCUAGACAUUCCGUAUCCAGUGAUCAAAGACGAGGACUCCUCGCUCAGCAGCAAGGAUACUUGAUCCUGGAACGGAAGCCUACCGCCGAUCCCGCCGCUGUGGCCGCACAGGCCGCCUUACCCAGUGUACUAAAGACGGGGAUCUUCCUCCUCAGGGACCUCGAGAACAAGGGAGAUCUCUGAGACAAACAACUGUAAGUCGCGCGAGGCCGGACUGAUCUCGCCAGGGACGUGUGCACUCCGACAGCGCGACUUCAGCAGGAUCUUUCGACGCGAAAUGUCCGAGGUCACCUCUCGGGAUUAGGAGAGGUGGUAGGUCGAUACGCGAUCUCGAGACGUCCGACCCAAGGGCCUGGAAACGGCCCGGAGGUUCGACGAGUUUGAAGGAGCAACGAGAGACGGAAGACCCAGUUGAACGAGUUGGUCUUUCGUCUCGUUCGAGAGAGAAAUGAUCCUCGUACGCUCGCGAAGACUGAACGAAACGCGCGAAGACGACGUUCAGGCGACUUGAGGAUAAAGUAUGAAGAGAGAAAGAGAGAAAGAGAAA